AUGAGGUCAGGAUUUGGGAAGGAAACUCCACUUGCUAACGCUGCAUUCUGGGCAGCAAGGAGAGGAAACCUGGCCCUGCUGAAGCUGCUGUUGAACAGUGGUCGAGUGGAUGUGGACUGCAGAGACAGUCAUGGCACCACCCUCCUCAUGGUGGCCUCCUACGCUGGCCACAUUGACUGCGUGAGAGAACUGGUUCUGCAAGGAGCAGAUAUCAACCUCCAGAGAGAGUCAGGUACAACUGCCCUUUUCUUUGCUGCCCAACAAGGUCAUAAUGAUGUUGUGAGAUUUCUCUUCGGAUUUGGAGCAUCUACGGAAUGUAGGACCAAAGAUGGGGGCACCGCCCUGCUGGCUGCCAGUCAGUAUGGGCACAUGCAGGUGGUGGAGACCUUGCUGAAGCACGGAGCCAACAUCCAUGACCAACUUUAUGAUGGAGCCACUGCCCUCUUCCUAGCGGCCCAAGGUGGUUACUUAGAUGUUAUUCGAUUAUUGCUGUCUUCAGGAGCAAAAGUCAACCAGCCAAGGCAGGAUGGGACAGCGCCCCUGUGGAUUGCGUCCCAGAUGGGCCACAGCGAGGUGGUGCGGGUGAUGCUGCUGCGGGGUGCAGACCGCGAUGCCACGCGCAAUGACGGUACCACAGCAUUGUUGAAAGCAGCCAACAAAGGGUAUAAUGACGUAAUUGAGGAGUUGCUUAAAUUCUCUCCCACUCUUGGUAUUUUGAAGAAUGGGACGUCAGCACUCCAUGCGGCCGUGCUCAGUGGGAACAUUAAAACAGUUGCCCUUCUCCUGGAAGCAGGGGCCGACCCAGCCCUGAGAAACAAGGCCAAUGAACUUCCGGCAGAACUCACCAAUAAUGAACGUAUAUUGCGUCUCCUCCGAAGUAAAGAAGGACACAGGAAAAGCUAAGUUAGUCUCAUGUUUGACAGAAAGGUAGAAACCUAAACCACAUUGUCCAAAAAGAAAGUGCUUUUUGCCAGG